AUGGCGGAAAGGGCUGGCAGAUCAGACGACUUGAAGAGGGCCUCCAAAGCAAGAAUCUGUGCAGACACACACAUCUUCACUCCCUCGUACCCUGGGUGAGUUACAGCUGUAUCGUGUCCUGCAGAGAGCCAACUUAUUGGGUUACUAUGACACCUUCAUCCAGCAGGGCGGCGAUGAUGUGCAACAGCUUUGUGAAGCUGGAGAAGAUGAAUUCCUGGAGAUCAUGUCUUUGGUUGGCAUGGCAACAAAGCCUCUCCAUGUCCGAAGAUUACAGAAAGCCUUAAGAGACUGGGCUACUAAUCCGGGACUGUUCAAUCAGCCACCUUUGGGAAAUGUCCCUCUGAGCACCAGCAUACCUUUAUUCAAGAUAUCUGAAACCAUGGGAAGAGUUGGGAGACAAUGUAAUGGCAUUAUUAGUAAUUCUGAAAGCCUGAACAAGACCAUUGCAGGUUUUGGUGUCCCAGAGCAGCUGGAACAGCAUGAGAAAAGAUCACCUGUACACUUGGACAGCAGAACUUGGACAGUGCAGGUGUCUCCAGAUCAAAAUGAAGCAGAUGACGAUGAUAUGGAUGAUGAUGAAGAUGGAAGAGGAAUGCAAUAUGGCUCAGGAGGUGAAAGGUUGGACCAUGACAUGGUACAUGUGAUAUCGGACAGUGUGGAGAGGCUGAUGAAAGGCUUGCCUCGUGGUGAUAUAGCUGAAGCACGAUCCAUGCUUAAAAUAAAUAAAAAACUGGGGAGGUCACUGGGCCAUAUCUUUCAUAUGGUAGAUGGAGGGCCCAGAAAGGACAGGGAGAUUAGAAGACACAGUGCUAUAUAUGGAAGGAGUGACUCCAAGAGACGUGAAGGAAAGAGACUCACGCUGCAUGAGCUGACAAUAAAUGAAGCAGCUGCUCAAUGCUGUAUCAGGGAUAACACUUUGCUCCUGCGGAGGGUGGAGUUAUUCUCUCUGGCCAGGCAGGCUGCUCGGGAGAGCUCUUACUUAGCAUCUCUGAAAUGCUCCAGGUUAACUCCCGAGGAAAUGGGGGCACCACAAGCAAAAUUACUUAAGCAAGAGGUUGUGGAGGUGUCACUGCAAGGUGAAUCAGAGGGGGUAAAUACAUCAGUGCGACAUAGCAUGGAAGAAGACAGUGGCAGCAUAUCAGGGGAGAGCAUGGAUGGUCAUAUGCAAGCUGUGACAGUAAGAAUACCAUCAUCCCCAGGAGUUCCUCCUACAGACCUAUCAAUUGCUCUCCCACACCCAUCUCCAUGGAGUAGACAGCUACUACAACAGACACUGAUGGAUGAAGGGUUACGAUUGGCCAGGCUGGUGUCACGUGACCGGUUGGGCCGCAUUAGCCUGUGUGUGCCUGGGACUCCUCAUAUCUCAGAGUGUGAGGAUGGUGGUUCAGAAAGUUGUUCAAGUCUGCCGGUUUCUCCACAAAUCACAGACCUUCGAACUGGGAGCUGCAAGGAGCAAGAGUAA